UGAGUGCUAGGGCGGGGAGACCCGGCCGCCGGGCCGCCGGCGCCUCAGCGAUGUUUUACUCAGGGCUCCUCACCGAGGGCGGCCGCAAGGAGAGCGACAUGCGGGAAGCGGCGUCGCUGCGGCAGCAGCGCCGGAUGAAGCAGGCGGUGCAGUUCAUCCACAAGGACUCCGCCGACCUGCUGCCCCUGGACGGCCUCAAAAAGCUGGGCUCGUCCAAGGACACGCAACCUCAUAACAUUCUGCAGAGGCGCCUCAUGGAAACCAACCUGUCCAAGCUCCGGAGCAGUCGUGUCCCUUGGGCCUCCAAGCCCAACAAAUUCAAUCAGGCUAAGUCUGAAGGGCUAAAGAAGUGUGAAGAUGAUGACAUGAUUUUAGUGUCUUGCCAGUGUUCUGGAAAGGACGUGAAAGCUUUGGUUGACACUGGCUGUCAAUAUAAUCUCAUCUCCUCAGCUUGUGUGGACAGAUUGGGACUAAAAGACCUUGUCAAAUCUCACAAGCAUGAAGGAGAAAAGCUUUCUCUACCAAGGCAUCUCAAAGUGGUAGGCCACAUUGAGCACCUACUGAUUACUGUCGGCUCUCUCCGACUGGAUUACCCAGCAGUUGUGGUUGAUGAUAAUGAAAAAAACUUGUCACUUGGUCUCCAGACUCUUAGAUCUCUGAAGUGUGUCAUAAACUUGGACAAGCACCGGCUGAUUGUGGGGAAGACAGACAAAGAAGAAAUCCCUUUUGUGGAGACAGUUUCUUUGAAUGAAGACAACACUUCGGAAGCAUAAUUGCAGCCUGAAGCGUGUCUGCAUGUGUACACACACACACCAGUGGACAGACGGAGAAAACUGGGCUUGAACUAAAUGCAAUAGCAGCUCGCUGUGGACCAAGUUCUUCCCUCCAGUACAUCCUGCAGGGGCCUCUUCCCACCCUUUCUAGACUAUUGUCUGUGCUGUGAGAUCUUGUCUGGUUAAUGCUUAAUGGUUAAACAGCCUUUUUUUUUUUUUUUUUUACUACUUUGGAUAUUUAAUUUUUAGACUUUUUUUUUUUUUUGACACUGCCAGGUCUCAUUUGUGGCCUAUUUCUCUGCUUCUUCCAAGAGUUUGCUUUUAUUAGUCCAGUGUAGGGGCUGCCAGUUUCUAUUUCUCCACAGAUAACACUUGUUUUUUUUAAAAGUAAGAUAUAUAAUAGGAACUUCUUUUCAGAUCUUUCAGAAAUGUGUAGAAACACUAUGUCUUGACAUUAGAAUCCCUUCUGAAGUAAUUGAUUUUUCCAGUGUGACUGAUCUGAAAGAUCUCAGAGAGGUAUAGUCCAGACAUUUCAUUUAAACAUACAGACAGGCAAGGCAAAUGAAUUGUCUCAAUUCAUAUAUUAAGUCAGUGGCAGAAGACAGCCAGAACUCAUACAGCCAAACUAAGACUCUUGUGCUGCUUCAUUUGUUUCCAAGCCUUACAAGGAAGGCAGCAAGGUUAGAGUACAAAAAAAGGAGGGGUGCUGGACAUGGCUUAGUGGUCGAACACUUGUCUAAUCUGCACAAGGUCCUGGGUUCAAAGGCAGCACUAGAGAUAGAGAAAUGGCUCACUAAUUUACAAUGCUUGCUGAGCAAUCAUGAAGACUGCCAUUUGGAUCUCAGUACCCAAACAAAAGCUGGGCAUAGUUCCCCACACCACCUGUAGUCCCAGAACGGAGGGGUUUAAAAACAGAAUAAGUGCUAGGACUUUCUAGCUGCCAGCCUAACCAAGAGAGGGAGGGAAAGAGAAUAUAUAUAUAUUCUAUAUAUUCCCUGCCUCAAAGGAGCAAAAAAAAAAAUUGUGAUAGAGGAAUAGAGGGCAGCCAGCAUGUUCCUCUGGCCUCUGUGAGCAUGUACAGCUGCACAACUGCACAGGCACUCAUACAAUUUUCUGCACACACCCCCUCAUAGUCACAUACCACAGAAUACAAUAGGUGGCUACAAACAUAUGUGAGACCGUUUCUCAUAGUGAACAAGAGAAAAAAACCCACAGAUGUGAAGAAUAGUAUUUCCUGAGAUAGUGUUGAUAAUCUAGUUGUCACUAUGAGAUAUUACCCCUAAGAACCAGUCAGAAUUUUUGUCUGUCUUGUUUCAUGUGACAGAGAUUCAAGUAGCCAGAAAUAGAGGUAGGAAAGGAAAAAAACAAACAAAACUAAACACAAAGUAAGGCUGAAAUAGAAGGGGGGAGACUAAGUACACUAAGUCAGAGGGAAGCCAACCUAGGAGCCUUUCCUGGGGUUGAUAGAGGGAAUGGAACCUCCAGGGCAGGGAAUUAAAAGAUGGGGAAACCCCUCAGUACCAGGAAAGAAGAAAGGUGGCUGGCAGCAUUAAGAACCAUUAAGAAAUAGGGUAUGUUGUAUGCCUUUAAUAUCAGAAGGCAGAGAGGCAGAGAGGCAGAGGCAGAGAAAAGUGGAUCUCUGAGUUUGAAACCAGCUGGUCUACAUAGUGAGUUCCAGGCUAGUCAUGGACAUACAGUCUCAAAAAACAGUUAAGUUUGGAUUAAAUUAAAUUAAAUUAAAAUCAAGACAAACAAACAAACAAGCACAGAAUAACCUUUGUAACUGUCCAGUAUUUCCUGACCGAUCUCAGUGUAUUGGGGAAACCACAGGGUUUUUUUUUUGUUUUGCUUUGUUUGUUUGUUUUUAAAGAUUAAUUAAUUUAUUAUAUAUACAGUGUUUUGCCUGUAUGCAUACCUGCAUGCCAGAAGAGGGCACCAGAUCUCAUUAUAGAUGGUUGUGAGCCACCCUGUGGUUGCUGGGAAUUGAACUCUGGACUUUUGGAAGAGCAGCCAGUGCUCCUAACCUCUGAGCCAUCUCUGCAGCCCCCACAGGGUUGUUUUUUUUAAUUUUUUGUUUUGUUUUGUUUUUUUUUGGUAGCAUGUCAUUUCAGGCAUAGAGGUACCUAUAAUGGAAUCUCCUCCUUCCAUUCAGUUAUAGGAGUAUUUGGCUAAGUCAGAAAAAUAGCUGACAGUGGGUAACCCUUCAAGAUAUUUCUAAGUCUACCCUUGGCUCAUAAAAGUUCUCAAACUUUGAAUCUGGUCAGGAACCACCAACUAUCUUGUCUAAUCCCAGCCUUCACCCUGCCUAUGAGCCACUCCUUUCACUGAGGCCUCCCUGCACUUUUGUUUAUCAUAUCAUACCAGCCUGCUUUUCAUAAGACAGAGCUGGAAGACGUCACCCCUUGUUUUCCUACUUGAGAGUUCUACCCCAAGCCUUGACUCUUGGCUGCAAAGGAAGCAUACUGCAGGUUCUUCUGGUAUCUCCUAAUUUGGAUUUCCUGUGGAUCAGUGAGACCAGAAAUUCUCAGGUUCUUGAAAGAUGCAAUUAAUUCUGGCCCUUUUGAGUUUAGUACUAUAUGGACCAGGAUGAUUAGAUGGCCUUUAGUGUUCCUUCUGGCCUCUGAAAACCAGUCAGUGAUUUUCUAAUUUGGGAAUGGAGACAACUGAUUCCAUGGAGACCAGAUUCCAUGUCACAGUUCACUCAGUUCAUCAAAUCAUCUGAAUUCUCUAGCCAAAUCAUUUUAAUACCCGGCAUAGAUACACCUGAAAUGCCUCAAGAUAAUUAUAGGAAGUCUUGGGGUUUAUUAGUGGUUUUUUGUUUUGUUUUUGAGGCAGGAUCUUAUUAUGUAGCCUAGGCUAGCCUGAAACUCAAUCUAUACAUGAGGUUGGCCUUGAACUCAUAGAACUCUGCCAGUCUCUGUCUCCUGUCGUUAAUGCUUGUUAAAUGCUGCCAAAUUAUUCUUAUAGCUUCUGUCUCCCCAGUGUUCACAAGGGAACACUGGCUCUACUUUGGGAGCUAUCAAAGUAAGAAGGUAAAUGAGUUUUUCCUAGUCAGAAAAUGAUAGUGUUUCUAAGGGUGUAAGAAAGUGUCUACUGCAUCAUAGUUCUGAGUCCCUGGAAAGUAGUAGCAGACCUGUCUCAUUCCUUAGUAGAUAUCACAUCCAGGAAUUUGAAAGAAAAAAUUGAUUGGUAUUUCUAUGUCUAAUUUAAGGAAGGGAUAUUCUAUGACUUUCGUUUUUUCCUUGUUCUGCACACUGCCCACUAGUGUGGUUUUCUCUUCCUUAGCUCAGAGCAUUGCAGACUGGACUACCUAGCUGUCUUUAUUCUUGUGUAGUAGAAAUACCUUUUCAGGCUGGGGACUUGGAGGAGAUGAACUGGAUUCCUCCCUCCUGUUGCCAGGUCUCUCUGCAUUAGCACUUUAUCUGCUCAGUGUUUCUGGCUGUCCAGGGCUUAUUUGUGACACUGAUGUAUCAAUAAAGUGGAAUCUUUCCCUGUG